AGCGGAGGAAUAAUGACCACAGGAGUCAUCCAUGUAUUAAAUCAAGACUCCUGAGAAUAGGUCGUGUUCCGAUAUGAGAUCCGUAUGAGUUACAGUGAGACCGGCUUAUUGAACAAGUACUACUGGUAGAGAACCGAAGGAUCUUGAUACUUGCUCCUAAGACAACAAGAGCGAGAACAUGGGAAUAGGUUAGAUGAGAACUACUGCUUAAACAUUGCAGUCCUUCUACGGCUGCGUUAAUCCGCUCGAGUAUGCAGGUAAAACUGUGGACGGCGGACUGAAUCCUAAUCCUAAUCCUACUGCCUCUCGUUUUGGCCAGUAGCUUCUUAAAAUCAGUACUACAACACCUUCACCUCGAAGAAACGUCGAGUUCCUAAUAUACUCCUGACAACAUCUACUUCCUUAAAAAUAACCUGCUGUACCCAACAAGAGGCAUACAACGAGCACCACCAUGAGUGCUCCCACACUACGCGCGGUCGUCGUCACUGGAGGCAACAAGGGCAUCGGAUUAGCUAUCUGUGACAAGAUCCUCAAAGACAAUGCAGACACCUUCCUUUUCCUGGGGUCACGAGACAAAGGUCGAGGAGAAGCUGCGGUGGAAGGGCUGAGUAACCCCAGCCGCGCAACUGCUCUCCUGAUCGACCCCUGUGACGCGGGUAGCAUCAAGACAGCUGCUGCCACAGUGCAAACAAUAUGCGCGGACAAAAAGAUGCAGUUGUGUUAUGAGAGGAGGAUCAAUGCCGCUCGUGCGCCGUUUUUUCACCCUUGUGAUCGACUUCUUUCUAAAACUUGUGUUGUAGUUGAAGAUGGUGGAAGUCCUGCUUGCUCCUACACGUAUAAGUACUCUUUUACGACUUUUUACUAGAUCGAGAGCCCACCCAAUCUCCCCUGUAAUUUGCCGUAUCAAAAUAUUUCUCUAACCACUGGGUCUACUAAACAAUGCUGGUGGCAUGGGUGCUGCCGGGAAGCACUUGGGCAGCGACGUGAGUGGAUCCGAGCUCCGCUUAUGUGUGAAGCUGAACUUCACUGGCUGCGUCCUCGUAACGGAAGCCUUUUUGCCAAUAUUGGGGGCAUGCAAUGGUAGUGUAUUUUAGACUCGGACUCAAUCUGGAAGUCAUUUAUUUCUACAUUUUUUUAUGGUAUACUCACUCAGCUGCGCCAACAGCAGCUUUAAAAAUAUUGUCAUACAACAUGUCUGCGAUGAGCUCAAGAAAGUACUUACCUCUCUUCGGGUCGUAGAAGUAGCCCAUCCCUUCGGCAAGUUCGUCAACUUCGACACCCGGCAACAAAAUGGCCACGGAGAGGGCUUACCCUGAAGCGGCGCGAACUCCGGCAAACCUAGCUGCCUGCUCGGCUCCGGCGCAGCCCCAUAUCUCGCAUCCCCGCGCGCACAGGGCCACUUCGUUAGCGGUACGCUCGAACCACUUGGAAGAGAUCGCGCGAUUUGCAAAGGCAACGGCUUGCCUUGCGUCAGGGAGGGCCUUUAAGUUUUGGCGGCAGCAGCUGCCGCAAGCUCAAAACUGAAGAGGGGGGAAACGCCUUGAGAGUAGAGCGCGGGAAGAGUGCAGCGGCGCAUUCGUUGCGCAAUUCUCUCCAUCCCUUCGGAAACCGGAAUAGGCGGAGAGCCGACGCCAGAGCGACGGCCGGGCACCAGUACAGCAGCACCCCAAGCCGUGCCCGCCGCGCAGGCCCCGCACGAAGGCGCCCUGUUCGUCGUGGUCGUCGUUAUGUUCAAGGGGAUCGCGCUCGGGUAUGUUGGUCCCAUCGUGGAGGGCACACACGCCGCGCCCGUCGUCAGAAUGAUCGCGGGGGCGCGUUGUCUGCAAAUUUCGACUCUUUGCUCCCGUUUUUGUUGCUUCUGCAUUUUUUUUGCAAUCUAUGCCUUGGGCGUUGGGUCGUGGGUGAGAGCUCAUCGCCGCCGACCUGAUCAGAGAGACUUACCACGAACCGACGCCGGAUGCUGUUGCGGGCGUGUGGAGAGCCGGUUUCCACUCGGUCGCGUAUAGGGUUAAGGCUCUCAUUGGGGUGUGAAGUGUAUUAAUUGGUUUUCUUCACCCGAAGUGUACUAAAAUUAUCACCCGCCCAACAAGGUUUUCUUCCCCGUAUAGUGAACGUUAACAGUGGCGCGGGACCUGGCUUUUUUGCGAAUGCCUCAGAGGAACUAGUGGCAAAGUUGAUGGAUAGGACUGGGACAACAGCACCUCUGGAAGCUCUUGCUGAUGGGGCUGCAAAGGCGUUUGACUGUGGUGGAGACACUAUGAGCAGGCGUUCUUGGACUUGUUUUAUUGACUAGUAGAACUAUUUGUACGGAACAGCAUGAGGAUGCUGUAUUGACUCAAGCUUUUUGCAGGGGCUUAUAGAACGAGAAGUUUCAGUUUUUCUUCCUGUAAUUUGCUACUCGACCCAGGACUAGAUGAUGAGUAGGCAGUGGCACGGCCCACGCCUUUAUUUCGAUACCGGCUUUCAAAGAAUUCCGAUCGCAAACGAUCAUCAAAUUUCUCUCUUCUAAGAAAAACGACGCAGUAAGCGAACAACUGCAAGGGAUCGGCUGUCUUGCAGCUGGCAUGCGCUUGGGCGGACGGGGUCAGUUUGCCUACUGUCUGUCAAAAGGCUUGAUGAACGCAUGGACUCGACAAGUAGCACAUCAGCAGAAAGGAAAAGUCCUAGUGAACAGCUGUUCACCUGGUUUCGUGAUCACCGACUUGACGGCGCCUAUGUGCGAAGCGCGAGGGAAGACACCGCAACAGAUGAACAUGCUGACGCCUUUAUGAGUUGAACAAUACGGAUUAAUAAAUAUGUUGUCUUUUAUCUACUACUCACACUUUCAAGCAUCUUUCAUAUCCCGAACAUGGCGCGCGUAUAUGAAAAGACAAACUGCCUUUGGAUACAAUUCCCAAAACCAAAAAAGCCAGGCUUUUUCGCCGGCUUUUUUGGCUUUUUGGUGUUUCGGUCAGAAUCAUGCGAAAGGGCAAAAAAGAUGGCAAAGCGAGCUUUUUCGCCGGCUUUUUCUGCCUUUUCGUCGGAUUGUGUUCCGAAAAAACAAUGCAUAAAAAUCCAACCAUCUUUCAUAUCCCGAAGAAGGCGCGCGUACACCCUGUUACCUUCUCUUGGACGCAGACAUCACCUUCACUGGUCGGUUUUACGGGUCCGAUGGUAAGCGAUCGCCGUUCCAUACGAGAAGAGAUCCAGAUAACGAUCCGGAAUAUGAAGCGCCGGCGGAAGAGGAGAUCUAAUGGGUUUCGCAGAUGAACAACACCUUCAACAUUUUAUACAAGGAGCACUAAGCUCAAGAAGAUGAAGACGUAAGUAUACAAAAAUAUGAUGGCAUGAGCGCAUGAGCAAGUGCAUGGUUGUAUGACAUGAAAGGAUUCGUAAAAACAUGGCUGUGGGAUGUAAUUAUUUAAACAUAUUUAAAAAGCAUCACUUGAAUGCAAACAAAAGAAGGCAGAAGUGAUGAAAUGAAGAAAAGCAGUAAAGAAAAGGCAAGCACUAAGAACAUGCAACCCCCACCCCAAAAAUAUGGCAGCCCCUUCUAUACCUCAUGACUAGGUAAAUCAAUCAAAAAAUCAAUAACAUCAAUCGAACGCACAGGGUAACAUCAGGCGC